AUGGCUGCAAACGACGACAUAUGCUACUUGUGCCCGUACGAGUGCUUGGUAAAAUACACGUCUUUAAAAGUUGAUAAAAUCGUGCAAGACAGACUCGAUUCACCCAUGCCAUGGGUCGGUGCCUACAUUGCAGCAGCUUCAGCUGCAUGUUCUUUAGCUAUAGCAGCAGAUUCUCUCAAUGGCUUGCGUACCAAAAAAUCAUGGUUCCCGUGUAAGUACUUCUCUCUCAAUGCUUUUACCUUGACUGUUUUGGCUGUAGCAAUGAAGAUUCCACUCGACAUGACUACCACAAUGCCUGGGAAUUACGACAAACUCGCUCGUGUCAGCAGUUUGGUCCUUAUGCCAACCGCCAUGGCCAAUUUCAUGACCUCUUUCGGAACCAUGGAGAAUAACGAGAUCGUUCUAAAUUUGGCUGCCCUCGGCAUUCUGGUGGCCACUGUCAUGGGGAAUGUCUUCAUCCGAUUCAUCCCAACUCAAAGCUUUUGGAGUAUGAAAGAAACUUGGGGAGAAGAAAUCGGGUGCAUAAUUUGCAUGCUCUUUUUACUCGUGGUAUUAUCCUCGUCUGCUUUGAUGGUCCCGGCAGCAAAAAGAUACAUCGAGUGUCAGUACAAUCAGAGGCACAAAACGAUAUUUUCGAACCACAUUAAUACGACGGGUCAACUGAGACUCGCGUUGACGAGGUGUUGGGUGAUGUCCGAAAGUGGGAGCCCUCAGUUUUUGGUUGCGCGUUCGGUGACGAGCGUUAGUGCUGGACUGAUAUGUUUAUUGAUGGGCCUAACUCUAUUACAAGCUCAUAUCAGGUACCCUCUAAUGUACACCGAGAGACACAAAUUGGGUUCUAAAUAUAAGUGGUCCAUCGAUUGGAUUCUGUUUAUUCAAACCGUUGGAGUGGCGUUGGGAAUUAUUGCCCCUUUACUGAGAUGGUUCGAUGCCGUUCGACACAAGAAGAUGGCGAAGAUUGGCUUCAGAGAUGAACUCAAGGUCGAGGGCUAUUGGACUAAUACGCUGACGCAUUACAGAGAUAGCCCGUUGCCCUUGAAGACCGGAUUUCACCUCAGGUUCAGAAAAACUCUCCACAAUGCGAAAAGAUUGCUUUUCAAUCUCUGUAUCAGAAUUCAGAUCCUUGUUGUUCUCGGCAGCAAACUGCUUCUACUCGUGUCCGCUGUCUUUAUGCACUGCGUGAUCUUUUCGCAUAAAUCAUCAAGUGAAGAAGAACUUAAUGAUUUAAGCGAUUAUGUACUACGGCUCGAAGGUGAAGCAAGGCUGCAUGAAAGAACAGUGAGAAACAUAUGCAGCGAGGUGCAUAAGCUGAUCCAAACAGGCAAAGGAAAGCAAUAUAACAACUUAAUCAAGCUUCUUGAGAAAUCCGUCAGCUUCAACGGCGUGAGAGAGUUCGACAGUCGUCAAAGAGUUCCAAGUUUAAAUUCUCAAGAGCCACACAAUUGUUGGUCUCUCACGGUCGUGACCCUGACAAGCAUUGCUAUUUCACUUCCAAACAUACCGAUUGACGAGUCCGAUUCUUUACUAAGUGCUGUGACCGAAGGUCUUUACUUUGCAAAUCUCAUCGAGGAAGCUCUCGACUCGAAAAGAGAACUAACAAGCAUUAGACAUGCAGCUGACGUGGCAUGGGUUGGAGUUGAACUGUACCGGAAAUGGCACGGUGUAGAUCUCCAGAAAGCAGCAGCAGCAGGCUCGACCCACAAAGAGACGUUGCAAAAACUCUCUGGAGUCGCUCAAAGGAUGGUCACGAAUUUCACUGCUAACCCGAAUAAUGAUUUUCUAGUGCAGGACCCUCUCAACUGGCCAGUCAAGGUCAUAGCUGCCAACUCAAUGUACCGAGUAACUCAAACAAUCUUGUCCUAUCAUAAUGAAGAUCAUGAGGAGCUGUUGUUCGAGAGAUUGUCUGUCAUGAUUUCAGACAUUCUUUCAGCUUGUCUCGCUGCAAAUCUGGCUCAUGUCAUAAGAUUGAAGUGCUACACGAGUGAAAUCAGAAAAAGGGAGGAAAGCAUCCGCCAAGCGGCUCUGCUUUUAGGCGAAAGUGAAGAGAUUCUCCAGAUUCUCCAGAAGCGUGAGCUUCCGAGAUUGGAUCCCGAAAAAGCGGCUGACAUUGAAGAGUGGAGGAGUUUAAUGGAGCAAGAUAAUGAAAAUCCAGAGGCGUCUGUCGCUAAAAAAUUCUCGCAAACGAGUGGAGAGCAUGUAAAUCUACAUAAUGUCUGGAAGGAUCUAUGGACGGAAGAUGAAGACCGAGUCCUCAUAGAAGCUCACUCAGAAGUUGGCAACAAAUGGGCAGAAAUCGCAAAAAGGCUUCCCGGGAGAACCAAAAACUCGAUCAAGAAUCACUGGAAUGCCACCAAAAGACGACAACUCUCACGACGAAAAUGCAGGACUAAAUGGCCAAAACCGAGCUCUCUCCUCCAAAAUUAUAUCAAGAGCCUACAUUUAGAAAAAGAGGACAUAAAAAAAUCAUCAUUUACAAAUGGGGCUAAUAAUGUUUCGUCUGCAGAAGCUACUCAACCGGAUGAUAUUUUCAAGAAUCCUCAAAAGGAAGAAGUGGCCUUAAUUAGCUCCGAACAAGUUUAUGAUUGUAUGGUGUCGGGUUUCGAAUUUGACGAGGUCCCAGAUUUUGGUUUUCACGGUUAUUAUGAUGAAAAGUUCGAUUCGAUUGUGGGUUUGGCACUCGAAGCGCCUCCAUUGAUGCAUUAUGAAGGGGAGGAGGAGUACGAUAAAGCCUUGCAAGAUAAUUUGGAUUCGCCCAUGCCAUGGGUAGGCGUGUACAUUGCAGCAGCUUCGGGUGCCUGCUUGUUGGCUAUGGCUGCCGAUGCACUCAAAGGUUUCCGCACUCAAAAGCUGUGGUUCCCCUGCAAGUACUUCUCUCUCAACGCUUUCUCCUUGACCCUUUUGGCUGUGGCCAUGAAACUCCCCAUUGAUAUGACUACCGAUAUGCCGGGCUUCAGUGACAAACUUGCACGCGUUAGCAGCCUAGUCUUGAUGUCAACAGCCAUGUCCAAUCUCAUGGCUUCUUUCGGAUCCAUGACAAACAAUGAAAUCGUGCUGAAUACGGCUUCCCUAGCCAUUCUUGUGCUCACUGUCACGGGGAACGUGUGCAUAAGGUUAAAUCGAACUUUGUCUCUUGAUUAUGUCGACCGAGUAGCUGUAGCUCAAGAAAUCGUAUCCGUUGUUUGCAUGCUCCUUUUGCUUGUGGCAUUAUCUUCUUCCGCCAUCAUGGUGCCCUCGUCCAAAAGACACAUAGAGUUGCAGUACAAUCAGAUGCACAGAAAGAUAGUUAUGGAAAAUAAUUAUUACGCGACCAUAAGUGAACUAAGACUAAUGUUGCGGAGGUAUUGGGUGAUGGCCGAAAGCGGGAGCCCUCAGUUUGUGGUGGCGCGCUCCGCGACGUGCGUUAGUGUAGGCGUGAUGUGUAUGUUGAUGGUUCUAACAUUAUUAGAAGCUCAUAUUAGGAUACCGCUAAAGUAUUUUGCUACGUUGCGUUCUAAAUAUAAGUGGUCCAUUCUAGGGAUCCUCGUUCUUCAAACCGUUGGAGUGGCGGUGGGUACCGUUGCUCCUUUGAUAAGAUGGUUCAAUGCAGCUCAGCUCAAGAGCACGACAAAGAUUGGCUGCAAAGGCUUUAGAGACGAACUUAAGGUCGAGUCGUAUUGGACUCAUAUGCUGAUGCAAUGCAGAGAUAGGCCGCUGCCUUUGAAAACCGGUGUUGAUGACCUCAAGUUCAAAAAAACUCUUCACGAUGCGAAGAGAUUAUUUCUGAAUUUCUGUUUGGGAAUUCAGAUUCUUGUUGUUCUCGGCAGCAAAUUGCUUCUACUCGCUUCCGCUGUCUCUAUGCAAGGACUAGUCUUUUGCUUCAGCCACUUCAUCAAAUGCGAAUCACCGAGUGAAGAAGGUCUGGAUGAUUUGAGUGAGUACGUUCUACGGCUCCAAGGCGAAGCCAAGCUGUCUGAAAGGACUCUCGGAAACAUGUGCGCCGAGGUGGAUAAGCUUGUCCGAAUCGGAAAAAGUAAGCAAAACAACAACAAAAACUUAAUCGAGCUUCUCGAGAAAUCCGUGAGCUUCAGCGGCGUGGCAGAAUUCGACAGGCGAGAAAGAGUCGAAAGUUUGAUUGAUUCACAAGAACCGCCCAACUGCUGGUCUCUGCCGGUCGUGACCUUGACGAGCAUCGCCAUUUCACUUCCAAACAUAGCAAAUCAAAAGUCUGACCAGUUGUUGAGUGGUGUGAGCCAAGGUCUCUACUUUGCCAAUCUAAUAGAAAAAACUCUCGACACAAACAGAGAAUUAGCCAGCAUUAGAAACGCAGCAGAGGUUGUCUGGGUCGGAGUCGAACUGUACAGGAAAUGGCUCGAUAAGGAUCUCCGCAAAGCACCGUUGCGAAAACUCUCGACCACUGCUCAAGAGAUGGUCAAGAAUUUUACGGCAGACCCGAAUAAUAACUUUCUCGUGCACGACCCUCUUAGUUGGCCGGUCAAAGCCAUAGCAGCCAACUCAAUGUACCGUAUUACUCAAACUAUCCUCCUAGAAUCACACGAUGAUGACGAACAUGAGGAGCUGUUGUUCGAGAGGUUGAAUAUCAUGAUCUCGGACAUACUUUCGGCUUGUCUCUCGGCGAAUUUGGCGCGUGUGAUAAGAUUUAAGUGUCACAGUGAUAACGUCAAAGAGAGGGAAGAAAGCAUCCGCCAGGCUGCUCGUCUUUUAGGCGAGAGUGAAGAGAUUCUCGAGAUUCUUCAAAAGCGUGAGAUUCCAAGCUUGGAACCCGAAAAUGCAGCUACGAUCGAAAGGUGGAGGGCUUUUAUGGAGCACAAUAAUGAAAAUCCAGUGGCCUCUGCCUCUGCAAUAUCUGCACAAGAAAACUAG